AUGUCUUCAGAUAAUACUUCGAACCAGUCGUCUGAAGUGAUGGAUUAUGUCUGUAAAACAAGCCGUGAAAAAGAUUGCAGUGGUGCCAUGGACCCGGUGUUGGCAGGAAAAAACGCCAAACGUCGACGCCGCGCCGCUUACAUAAUGCAGCCUACACCCAUUUCUUUAAGUCGGUCCUCCGAGGAUUUCAACCACGGUUUCUCAAGCCGGGCCAGAUUUUACGGUGCGAUGGCCGCUAAGCGCCUAAAAGGAAUUUAUCUUGCAAAUAUUGCUGCAGCGGCAGCCGAAGUAAAUGGACCGACCGAUUUGGUGGACCAGAUCACGGAAUUCAUAUUCCAGCGGCUAGUAAGGGCUUUAGGAAAUGACAUAAAAAAUACGGUUAAACGUCGUCGCCCCGCUUACAUAAUGCAGCCCACUCAGAUUUCCUUAAGUCGACCCGAAGAGGAUUUGGACCAUAUAUUUUCAAGCCGGGCCCAGUUUUACGGUGCGAUGGCCGCUAAGCGGCUAAAAGCUCACUAUUAUGGCAACAUUGGUUUUGCGAAAACGGAAAGAAAUGUGCCAAUUAAUGAUUUAGUAGACCAAAUACCAGCAGGGUCUACGUUCCGGCGACUGGUCGAAAAUUGUGUAAGGGACUUGGCGAGGAACGCCUGUGUACCGGAGUGUGCACAAAACAUGCCGGCCCAAGUUUCGACGGUCGAAAUAGUCGACCCGGUAACGAUUAUUGAAAAUGAUCAGGACGUGUCGUCUGGUCAAACCACAGAGUCCGGCAUCCAAGUUCACGAGCAGGAGGUACCACCAGCGGCUAGCGUAGAAAUAAAGGUAAAACGUAAGCGAACGCUUUGGUCCCACGCCAAAAAAUUGUUUUCGCGUAUGAUAUGCUGUCGCUGUACUACAGCAGAUUAG